UUGAACAGAUACGCGAACGAGAUGUCGACAGACAGGAGCGAAAAACUUAAUUCACAAAAUCCGGGGUACAAUGGGAGUGAAAUCGCCGAGUUUUACAAAGGGGCGAAAAUUCUGGUGACGGGUGGAACGGGUUUCCUCGGCCUAUUAACCAUCGAAAAAUUACUCAGGUCCUGCCCGGGUAUCGCAACGAUUUACAUGUUGAUAAGACAGAAAAAGGAGAAGUCCGUGGAGGAACGAUUCAAAGAAUGCUUCAACGAUACUGUAUUUAGUAGACUGAAGCGGGAGCAGCCAGACUUCUUAAAUAAGAUAGUGGUAAUAGAGGGCGAUGCCGCCGAAGAAAAUUUCGGAUUGUCUGCGCAAUCUAUACUGACACUGAACGACACAAAUAUCGUAAUCCAUGCUGCUGCAAUAGUCAAGUUCAAAGAGAAGCUUCGUUUGGCGGUGCAGACUAACGUGAGAACUACAAAGCAGUUGUUGCUGUGGGCGAAAUCACUGCCGAACUUGAAGUCAUUCGUGUACGUAUCGACAGCAUUCUCGAACUGCGUACAUGAGACCAUCGACGAAAUCCAUUACGAUCCUCCCAUGGACUGUGACAAACUAAUGACAUUGGUGGAUUGUUUGGACGACGAUAAACUGCUGGCGAUAGAGGCUACAUUGCGCGGAAAGUGGCCGAACAACUACAUUUUCUCUAAAUCAACUGCCGAAAAUGUCGUGCUAAAGUAUGCGGGUGACCUUCCAGUAGGGAUUGUUCGACCUUCAAUUGUGACGGCAACGUUCCACGAACCUCUCGAAGGAUGGAUUAACAAUAUCAACGGUGCCACGGGCUUACUUGUCGGAGGCGCUAUAGGUCUGUUGCAUACUUUGCACUGCUUGCCAGAGUAUGCAUCAGAAAUCAUACCUGCGGAUUACGUUGUGUCCAACACUAUUGCUGCAUCUUGGGACAUCAAUAAACGGAAUGUUUCGGCAAAACUGGAGAAAAAGUCGGACCUACCAGACGAGGAUAGGGUGCCAAUUUACAACCAAGUGACGUCACCACAGAACCGACUAGAAUGGAGCAGCUUCAUGUAUCUAAGUAAAAACCACGGCUACAGUAUCCCGACCACGCGUACGAUUUGGUUCUACUGGUGCAUAAUGAACAGAUACCUGUUCAUUCACAAUAUAUACUCUAUACUCUUCCACAUCAUACCAGCAACUAUCGCGGACACAUUGGCACGACUUGCAGGUCAUAAACCGAUGUUACUGGAUGCGUAUGCAAAAGUUGAUAAGUUCAGCGAUGUUAUAUCCUUUUUCUCCACGCAUCAGUGGAAAUUCCGGGAUGAGAAUGUGAAGAAAUUGUGGUCGAAGCUGGGACCCAUCGACCGAAAAAGCUUCAAUUUCAACGUGACAGACAUAGACUGGUCGGAUUACUUGUAUACCAAUGUUAGAGGCCUCCGUGUAUACUUGCUGAAGGAUCCACUCACUGAAGAGUCCUUACGAGCGGGUCGCAGUAAAUUCUGGAAGUUGCGCAUUGCAAAUUACGUCGUAAUGACGCUAUACGCGCUGUUGGGACUAUGGAUUGUCUAUUCUUUAGUUUCCUUAGUUUGGUCGUUCUGCCCAUUGUCACAUUAGCGUUUUCGCUAGUUUCGUAAGGCCCCGUGAAUUUAAUAAAACUUAAUUUAAUUUUC